GCGACCGGUUUCCGAGUUCUUGGACAUCAAGCGCGUGUCGAAGCCCGCCAACUUCGGCGAGGUCCAGAGCCGCGUGAACUACAACCUGUCCUACUUCUCUAGCAACUAUGCCGCCGUCUUUGUGAUGCUCAGCAUCUACAGCUUGCUGACCAACCCACUUCUGCUCUUUGUCAUCAUCCUAGUCACCGGUGGUCUCUACGGAAUUGGGAAGCUGCAGGGUCACGACUUGGAACUGGGCUUUGCUCGAUUUAACACCUCCCAGCUGUAUACCGGACUGCUGAUCGUCGCGGUGCCUCUGGGAUUCUGGGCCUCGCCCAUUAGCACUGUGCUCUGGUUGAUCGGAGCCACCGGUGUGACCGUUUUCGGCCACGCUGCUUUUGUGGAUAAACCAAUCGAGAAUGCUUUUUCCGAGGAGGCGGUCUAGGUGGUCGGCCGCGAACUCCUUACGGUAUGCCCCGAUGGGGAAGACCACCAGGGGCACGAGUGGGGAGACAAACCAGGCGUGCGGAUCCGUGGGUGGACGGUGCGGUACGGAUCGAGGAGAUUGACAGCGGGGGGGAGGAUGCAUACAUCCGGCGGGAUGUUAGCUCUUUGUAUGCGAGGCAGUCAGCCGGUCUGGACGAGGAUGGAGGGUCUCGGUUGCGCAGACGGAGGAUGGGAUACGACUAUGCGGAUGAGGUGGCUUCUGUCGAUGGGGUGGACUAUGACCUGUACGAGGACAUGGACAGCACGGUGGCUUAUGCUGUUCAGUUGGCCAUGAAGGACAAGGAGGAGCGAUUGGUGGACCAGGCUUUGGAACGGAUACGACACGCUCAAAAGCAGGGCCAAAAGAACGUGCGACUAUCGGGCCGGGAGCUAGAGGCAUUGGAACGCAAGCGAGUGCAGGCAAACCGGACCCCCGAUUCCGAAUACCGCGCAAGUAUCCCCCGGGGGUCUCCCGGCAGCAACCGACCCUUGAGGCCGCCAGAGAGCCCAAGCAGCAAAAUUGGAGCUCAACGUAGCGGAUCCAGUGCAUCGUUACCAAAUAAGCAUGGCAUGCCGUCCUCCUUAUCGGCCAACAACGCUGCAUAUGCAUUCUGGGCGAGAACUUUGGGUGCCUCUGCCGGAGCUCAAACUUCUGCGCGCUCACCAUCUGCCCGGGGUGCCUCGAAGCAAACACCGUCGCGAACCCCGCUGCAGCCGGCCUACUCCCCCGACCGCCUUGCCUCUGUUCCCCUUGCUCGCACUUCCGGGUCUGUGAACCCCCCCGCCUUUACGCGAUCCCUCCCCGAUGAUCCGCAUUGGGUGCCCCCGUAUCCUGUCUCUUAUCCCCGUGAACCGCCGCCGCCGUUGUAUCCAACCGAUCCCCGGCACUCCGGCCCGAUGCCAUACACGUCUGGCUACAGCAGCGUGUUUGACGAAUCCCUACGUAGCAGUGGGCGGGGUCCGGCUGCUUCUCUAGGGGAAUUGGGGUUCGCGGCGGGGGGAACACGUGGCGGAGAGGGGGAGGAAGUGAGUAGUUCCGAUGAUAGCGCCAAGGUGGUUGAGCGCCGGGUGCCGAUCGGACGAGGGAGUCGUCAGCGGAGCAAUCGUCCUUGAAACGCCACGAUUUGUGCCCUUUCAUAUUGCUUUCUUUUCAUUCGUGGGUGGACAAAGUCGCUUCUGAUUUGAGUUUGAAUGCUUUUUGCGAGGAGUCCCCAUUGUUGAUUGUCUGCACCGAUAAACCGUACCGGAGUUCGUCUAGAGCGGGUAACUGAAUUGAAUGAUGGUACUGUUCUGUUUCUCCGUAGCGCUCGCCCGUAAAAGAUGGGACAUGGGUUCAGUACCAUAGUAGGUGGGUGGGACGGGGAUUAGGUUCAGAUAGCCGGCGAGGUAACGUUG